UCAUUCUUUCUGGACACCAAACGUGCAGCUCUGGAGAUGACAGGAGAAACGGUCAGCGAGACCCCGGACUGCUGCCCCGCGGAGCCAGCCCUGGAACUGACCAAGGAGCUGGGCUCAGAAGCACAGGUAGAAGAGGUGACUUUGGAACUCAGAGAAACUGCCCCGGGGCCCCCUGCCACCCCUGAGCCUGGGCCCCAGAGGGAAGACCUUCCCAGCACUCCCUUGCUACUGACUGUGGAAGAUGUGACCGAUAGCUCUGUAACUCUGUCCUGGGAGCCCCCAGAGGAGUUGGGGAGCUCAGGUCUGCAGGGCUACCUGCUGGAGCGAUGUGGGGAUGGAGCAACAGAAUGGGUGCCUGUGAGCCCAAAGCCCAUGAUGGUGACCCAACACACUCUCCGGAACCUGUCCGUGGGAGAUAAAUUCCUGUUCCGGGUUUCAGCCGUGGGUCCGGCUGGGGUAGGCCCCCCGGCCACCCUGGACCAGCUUGUCCACAUCCGUGAGAUUGUUGAGACACCCAAGAUCUGGGUGCCCCGCUUCCUGCGGCAAACCUACAUACGGCAGGUUGGAGAAGUGGUGAACUUGCAGAUUCCAUUUCAGGGAAAGCCCAAGCCCCAGGCCACCUGGACCCACAAUGGAAGCACCCUGGACCCCAAGAGGGUGAGCGUGCGCAGUGGGGACCGUGACUCCAUUCUCUUCAUCCGUGCGGCCGAGCGGACGGACUCGGGCUGUUACGAGCUCUGCGUGCAGCAGGACGGGCAGGAGGCCAGGGCCGCCAUUCACAUCCUGGUGAUCGAGAAGCCUGGGCCCCCACAGAGCAUCAAGCUAGUGGACGUGUGGGGCUUCAACGCCUCUCUAGAGUGGACACCACCUCUGGACACCGGCAACACGGAGCUCACGGGAUACACGGUGCAGAAGUCGGACAAGAAGUCCGGGCAAUGGUUCACCGUCCUGGAGCACUACCACCAAACCAGUUGCAUCGUCUCCGACCUCAUCAUGGGUAACAGCUACUCCUUCCGAGUCUUCUCUGAGAAUCAGUGUGGCCUGAGCCCCACUGCCCCGGUAACCGCUGACCUCGCCCACAUCCAGAAAGCAGAUACGGUGGCCAAAACUGGGGGCUUUAUCCAGAGAGACUUCUCCGAAGCCCCCAAAUUCACCCAGCCUCUUCAGGACCGCACCACCACCACCGGCUACAGCACCCAGCUCUUCUGCUGCGUCCGUGCGUCCCCCAAGCCUAAGAUCAUCUGGAUGAAGAACAGGAUAGACAUCCAGGGUGAUCCCAAAUACCGGGCCCUCAUAAACCACGGGGUUUGUUCCCUGGAAAUCCGCAAGCCCAGCCCCUUCGAUGGGGGCGUCUACACCUGCAAAGCCAUCAACGCCUUGGGGGAAGCAUCCGUGGACUGCAGACUAGAUGUGAAAGAGUCCCGGAAGCUCAGAGAGAUGAAGAGUGAGGCCCAGGCCCUGCCCCCAGAUCCUCAUCCUCUUCAGACCCUCUCCCUCUUGGCAAGACACAUGGGGUCCGGCAGAUGUGACAGUCGAAGCAGUGUGGAUGCCCUGCGGCUGCCCAGGCUGCAUCAUUCCUUGCAGGGGGACAAACUCCUUCUCCCCUUCAUCCCUAAGAUGAUCUAA